GACCAACCGUGUGUCUCUGUCCCAACCCAAAUCGACAGUACGUGUCUGUGUGACAGCGAGGAAGAAAGAGCGUCUCGGAGUCGAAACCCUUCCAACCUUCCCUCUCGCCAACGAAUCUGUGAUCGAAUUCCCCAAUUUCUAAUGGCCUCUGUAUUUAGUGGCGAUGAAACAGCGCCUUUCUUCGGCUUCCUUGGCGCCGCUGCUGCCCUUGUUUUCUCUUGUAUGGGAGCUGCCUAUGGGACUGCAAAGAGCGGUGUUGGAGUAGCGUCAAUGGGCGUGAUGAGACCGGAGCUCGUCAUGAAAUCAAUUGUUCCCGUUGUCAUGGCUGGAGUUCUCGGUAUCUAUGGUUUGAUCAUUGCUGUUAUUAUUAGCACUGGGAUUAACCCUAAAGCCAAAUCAUAUUACCUCUUUGAUGGUUAUGCUCAUCUCUCAUCGGGUCUGGCUUGUGGUCUUGCUGGCCUUUCUGCUGGUAUGGCUAUUGGUAUUGUUGGCGAUGCUGGUGUUAGAGCUAAUGCACAGCAGCCAAAGCUUUUUGUUGGCAUGAUUCUCAUUUUAAUCUUUGCUGAGGCACUGGCUUUGUAUGGACUCAUUGUUGGCAUCAUCCUCUCUUCCCGAGCUGGCCAAUCCAGAGCUGACUAGAAUACCUGGUUGUUGGCAUCACUGGUUACUCUUACAUUGCUGCUGCUAGUAAAGAGCGUGCAGGUGUUUUAUCAAGUUAUUUGUCAUGCAUGUGAUUUCCUUCAAAUAUAUAUUAGUUGACCCUUCAAAUAAAGCUUCUCAUGAUUCUUAACAUUUUUGUUGUAUUCUACAGAUAUUAGUUCAAUCUUGGAAAGCUAGUGUGCACAUUAUUUGGUUAUCCAUUCCAAACUUGUGUCCUUUUGUUUUAUGAUCAUCUGCUAGUGCGCUAUUUUGGAUUUCAAUAUUAUUCUGGCUUCAUACAAGCACAUUGUCAUCUCAUUGAUAAGAAAUGCAAACAGUCCCAAAUGUAUAAGUACUGUGAGUUGAAUAAUGAUUUUAAUGUUGCUUGAUAAUAAUUAUCUUGGAAGUUUCUUCCUA